UUGGGGAGUUCUCCACUAAAUAUAACCCUCUUGUGCGGCUUGCCAUCGUCACAACAAGUAACACUAUCCCAUUUUCCCUCCCCCUUUGGAUGACAGAUUUCGGAUUUGAGCCUAUAAAAAAAGACACAAACGGGUGGCUAGGAGCACACCUUAUCUGAACGGUAAUCAGAAUAUCCACAAUAAUAAAUUUCAAAUUCAAUCUUUGAUAUUUUCAUGCAUUGAUUUAAUGAAGACUUGUCUGUUAAAAGUGAAAUGUUUUUAUUUCCUCAGGUGGCAAUUUCAUGUAAGAAAAAAAACAUCUUUGGCAGCCUGCUCAAUUAAUAUUCAUCUAUUUAAGGAAUACGGGACAAUGUAAAGCACAUAAAAUAGCCUUUAUUAGUUUUCCUUGUCUUCAGAUAAUUACAGUGCAUCCUCAAGCUCACUGUCUUUAAUUCUAGAAUUAUUCGCCUCUUUAUUGUUAGCAACCGGAUUUAAAAAUAAUUACCAUGUUCUCCUUUUGUGAAUGUCCUUGUGAUGUUGGGUGCCCUUUCUCAUUGUAGCCCAGCCUCCACUUUGAGUGUGACGCCCCCACACUGAAGCCCCUGGCAGCUAUAAAAAGGCUCAGGACAGAUAAUGAUCACACACACACACACACACACACACGCGCCCCAAGUCCACUGAGAGUCCUCAUCCUCCACUGCAGACCCGACAGUUUCUCAUCACAUCAGUUUCCAUAGGAACCAUUCAUGUUCAAAGUCUACUUUUAUACGGAGGGAAAAGAAACCCGUGCACUCUCCCUAAGCUCGAUUCUUUUCAAGAGUGUGUUAGUUUAGGCCAUCGGUGCUCUUCUCUUUUUGACACAAGCCAAUGAUGAACGCAGACAUCAUUUUUGGGAUGCGAGUGAGGCACUGGUGAGUUUGUCGGUUUUAGUUUCUUUCAACUUGGCCGCCAUGGUGCCUCACAGAUCCACCAAAGGCGCAUCCAAAGCACGGCGGGACCACAUCAAUCAUGAGAUCAGGAAUAUGCGAGCUCUGCUUCCCAUUCCCCUGGCGGACCAGGAGCGCCUCUCCUACCUGCACUCGAUGGCUGCCGUGUGCACCUACAUCAGGAAGUCGGUACUCUUUCAGGGACUUCCCACUGGAGAUGCUCUCCCCUGCUCUUUUGCUUAUGGGGCCUUUCUCCAAGCUUUGCACGGUUUCAUCCUUGUCACUACUGUCCAAGGCAGGCUGGUCUACGUGUCUGAAAAUGUAUCCGAAUAUCUCGGCCUUUCCAUGUUAGACGUGCUUCAAGGAGACACCAUAUAUGACAUGGUGGAACGUGAGGACAUUGACAUUAUUGAGCCCAUCUUGAAGGGACACAAUGAAAAGACCCCAUCAUCAGAGAGGAGUUUUGUAUGCAGCAUGCAAACUUCCAAGACGUUCAAGCAGCAGCAUAGUGUCUGUUCAAUGCUGGUUCAAGGCAGCUUCCAGUCCUUUCCGGAGGCUUGGUUCUCCCCCAACGGUACUGUCGGCGAGACCCUCUUUGUGGCUCUGUGCACCCCCACAGUGGACCGCCUCCGGGGUGUGGAGUCACAUUUGUGCCCCAGUUUCAAAAGUGUACACACCCUUGACAUGAGCUUCACUCAGCUCUCAGACAGUGUUUUAUAUUUGAUGGGGUACUCGGCAGAAGAAAUGGUCGGGCGUUCGUGGUACAACCUAGUCCAUCCUGAAGAGCUAUCUUUAAGUGUGAAUCAUCACAGACGUUUACUGCAAGCAGAGGAGAGCCUGCAGGUCCAGAUGGUGAUGAGACUUCAGUGCAAAGAUCUGUCAUGGGCCUGGAGCUACAUUUGUGCUACCAAAGAGUCUCGCUGCCAGACUGCAUAUAUCUUCUGCACUAACUUCAUCAUCAGUGAAACAGAGGCCAAGUUUCUGCAGAAGAGAAUGAGCGAUGAUACUUUAAGGCCAUCAUCUCCCACAGAGAGUUGUCCCCCCAGAAACUGUAAGAGGCAGGGGACUCCCAACAGUCAGGAGGCCUGUUCUGAAGCCAGGUUGGAAUGGCAUGAAAACAUCCACCAUGAGGAUAGCUCCCCCUUUUCUUUAGGGGCCAGCCCUGCGUUCUUCACCCCUCCCUACAGCCCUGCGUCCUCCAGCUCUACUGUGCAGCAGGAGGACCUGAACCCCGUCCUCCACGUGCACACAUACGCCGAUCAGCUGCUGUCCUCCCCGGAGGCUUCUCCUUCCUACUACUCCUACCCGGAAGCUGCGCUCACCUGCCACCUUUCACCUCAGCGUCCCCUCCCCUCACAGAACACCUUUGAUCAGGGAGUCUUCAUCACUUUCAAUUCUCUCUCUCCGGCCUCCCCUUCAUCUUCAACCUAUGAUUUCCCAUCUUGCGCAUCCGGUGCUAGAUUAGUUCCAGACGGCUUGGCAACGUCUGAAAUGAGUGAGAGCUCUGGGGAUUGUGCCUUGCAUCAAGAUGACUUUGACCUCCUAUUGGAGCACCCACAAGAGGGCAGCGUCCACCAAGUGCACCGUGUUCCCCAGUAUAUAUUACCAUCCAGUCUUCCCAGCCCUGGCCAAUCCCCUCUAUCCAUGAUGUCUGAGGAGUACAGCCAGAUGGAGCAAGCGGAGAUCAGCAUUCUGGCUCAGCAGAUCUCCUCGUUGGCUUCUACUUUUGACAUGUUUGGUCCGCUCAAUCUGCUGCAAAGUGUGGGCACCUCUGACUGCCUGCCCUCUUCCUCUUCCUCUUCCUCCUCCUCUUCCUCCUCCUCCUCCUCCUCCUCCUCCUCCCCAUGUCAGUGGCUCAGCCAGGCUGCUGUUCCCUCUGCCCUACAUACUAAACUGAUGAAUGAUGGCGAGUUAGGGAGCCUCUUUGAUGAUCUGGAUGUAGUCACAAAAAGAGGUGCCCAUAUUCCCGAUUUCAGCUGCCACCAGGAAACGGUGCGCACCUCCCAACACUUUGAUCCCCUCGGUCUCAGCCCGAGCACCUCCGAGAACCUGCAGCCUCCAAACAGUGUCAUCUUGGAUCCCUUCACUUUGCAGUUGGGGUGUCAUGAACACAACCCUGAGUUGCAUCAACUCAACUACCAGUGUAACCUGCAGCAAGACGGACUUGCCGAGGAAAACCUGUACUGAAAUAAGUCUGUGACUUAUGACGCUGCCUUUUGUAUGACAUAUUGUCAGGAAAAUUGUCCUUUGGUGUAUUCAAAAAAUAGUACAACAAAGAUAUUUCAAGGACAUAAUUUUCCCUCAAUGUGUAUCUCUGAAUGUCAAGUAUCUCUAGAGUUGAGAUUUGUCUUAUUUUCUGCAAAGAUGCUGUCAUCUUUCUCUUUAGUUUCAACUGAAACCUUUUUUUUUUCUUAUGAAAAAGGGUACUUAAAAAGUCUAGCUACCAUUGAAAAAAAAAAACAUUAAAAUGGAAAUAUUCUCCUACUAAGUGGCCACACUUCACUGUUGAGCACUUUAUCAAUGUCCCUGCCACAAGAGUAUUAGAAAGGAAUCAAAGCAUUCAUUUCAAUGGAUUAUUUUUAUAUUGAACCUUUUAACAGAGGCCCUCUAUUUUCAUUAUGUUCGUGUGAAACUGGGAGAUAAUAAAUGUUUUGUUUUUUUCUCGCUGUGAUAAAAUAAUGAUCCCUUCCACAAGCUACCUCAGCGGUACAUUCCAAUUCUGAAUUUUAAAAAGUGCAUUGUAUUUAUUUUGUUGAAUUUACCAUUUCUUAACUGUGUAAAGGUAUUUUUCUAUUACAUUCCAAAGCAUGAUGUGGUUAACAUUUCUGAAAUGGUACUAUGAACGAAUGACCUCUAUCUUGUAAUUGCUUAAUUUUUUCAUACAUUUAAAAUGGAAAUAAAACCAAAAAACAUUUU